AUGGAGUCGUCUCCGCCCGCAGACGACGAGGCCACGUACGGCGGCUACUCCCGCUUCGAGAUUGAGCUCGAGUUUGUGCAGUCGCUCGCCAACCCGUACUACCUGAACCACCUGGCGUCGCAGAAGCUCCUGGGCCAGCCGGCCUUUGUGGCCUACCUGGGCUACCUGCGGUACUGGGCGAGGCCGCCGUACGUCAAGUACCUGACGUACCCGGGGCCGACGCUCCGACACCUGGAGCUGCUGCAGCAGGAGCGGUUCCGGCAGGACAUAAUGAGCCCGGACCUGGUGCAGAGGCUGGUGGACGAGGAGAUGAAGGCCGCGGUGGGGUGGCACCGCGAAUAG